AUGAAUAAAUGUAAAAUUCAACAAACGAAUUAUUUACGAUCAAAUUCAACAAGAAAAAAUUGUUCAUCAGAAUCAAAUAAUGAAUCAGACGAACCUAUUGAUGAUACUAAUAUUAUUAUGAAAACACCUCAAACUUUAGUCGAUUUACUUGAUGUUGAUGAUAAUGAUUAUCAAAAUGAAGAAGAUAGAGUAGAAACUGAGAAUGAUGAUGAUGACGACGACGACGAUGAUGAUGAUUCUACACAAUAUAGUAUUGAUGAUCCAAAUACAACAGAAACAACAAGACAAAAGAAAUCUAACAAGAAAAAUGGUCCAGGUGUCCUGGAUGUUCCAUCGCCGGACGUCGGACUUGAUGUUAAAUUUGGUUUUAAUGAUUUAUGUCCAGUCUGUGGUGAUAAAGUCAGUGGUUUUCAUUAUGGCCUCUUGACAUGUGAAUCGUGCAAAGGAUUCUUUAAACGAACAGUACAAAAUAAGAAAAAUUAUCAAUGUAUUGACAAGCAACAAUGUCAAAUAGAUAAAACUCAACGAAAACGUUGUGCUUUUUGUCGUUUUAAAAAAUGUUUACAAGUUGGCAUGAAAUUAGAAGCUGUUCGAGAAAAUCGUGUACGAGGUGGAAGAAAUAAAUUUGGUCCAUUAUAUCGUCGUAGUAGAGCAUUACGGCAACAAAUAAUGAGACAACAUUUUGUUAGUAUGGUUAAAGCACAACAAAAUAUUAUGCCAAAUGGAAAUGGUAUGGAUAAUGGGCAAUCACCCAUAGAUAUAACUGGUGUAACAAAUGGUAAUGUUAUGCAAGUUAAAUCUGAACCCGAACAACCAAAUCUUCAUCCAUUUCAACAUAUUUAUUCGAGUUUACAACAAACACCAACAAAUGUUGGUCAUCCUUCACAUGUACAUCAUCAAAAUCAUCAUCCACAUCAUCCAUCCUCGACGCAUCAUCAACAUCAUUAUCAGUCAUCACAUCAACAACAAAAAUCUUUAUCUACAACAGCAUCAUCACCAUCAUCAUCAUUUAAUGUUUAUCCAGAUUUUUUUAAUACAAAUCCAAAUGUUACAAAUAAUACACGUAUGCCAUCAUUUCAAUUAAAUCCAUUUAAUCCAUAUUAUAAAAAUUCAUCAACAACAUAUGGACAUUCACCACCAUCAUUACUUUUACCACCAACAUCAUCAUUACCAACUGGUGUUUCAUCAACAAAUACAUCAACUAGUAACAGUAAUCCACCCUCAGGUUCAUCAAAUUCGAGUUCAUCACCAGUUGGACAAUUAUCAUCAAAAUUACUUGACUAUCAAAUAUCAUCACCAACAACAACAGUCACAAAUACAAAUAAUAAUUCAACAUCAAAUACAUCAUCCAUAUUAAGUACAUUAACUAUGCAACAACAAUCAAUUACUUCUAAUGAUUCAAUGAAUACAGAUAAUCAUAAUGGUACAUCAUCAGUUUAUUUUUAUAAUCAUCAAUAUUUAGGACAAAAUUAUGAGAUGAACGAUACUAAUGGUAUACCAGAAAUCUUAACAAAACUUAUUGAAUCAGAUCAAGCUUAUCGAUGUACGGAAGUACGAUAUAUUGAAGAUAUUCAACAAAUUCAUAUUGAUCUAACACGUGAAGAUGGUGAUAUAUUAGUUGUAUGUUCACUAUUGGAUAAAUUAUGUUUUCUUAUGGUUGAUUGGGCUCGACAAUCUUUAUAUUUUAAAGAUAUUCAAAUUGAUAAUCAGAUAAAAUUAUUAAAAGCAGCAUGGAUUGAAAUUUUAAUUAUCGAUCUUAUUUGGAAACAAUGUCAACAACCAAAAGAAACUUGUGUAAAUUGUAUUGUUAGUGCAAAUGGUCAAUUAUUAAAUAUAAAUUUAAUUCAAAAUCCAGCUGUUAAAAAAUUAGCUGAAAGAUAUUUACAGUGUGUUAAUGAUUUUCGACAACUACAGUGGCAAUAUCCGGAAUAUCUUGCACUUAAAUAUCUAGUACUCUUUGAUCCAGAUGUUCAAGGUGUUACUGAAUCGAGUUUAAUUGAAGAAGUUCAAGAAAAAAUCACUAAUGCUUUAGGUGAAUAUACAACAGAUCAUAAUAAUACAUCAUCAACAUCAAAUACAUCUUCAACUCAACAACAAGUGCCAACAAAUGAGCAAGAAAAAUUUGCUUGUAUUUUACUUAAACUACCCGAUGUACGUCUUGUUGGCAAUGAUUUGAAAAAACUACUACAAUUAAUUGAUCGUAAACAUGAUGGUAAACUUCUUGAUGGUUGUUUACUUGGCGAAAUGCUCAAUGGUUUACAAUCAAAUAAUUAA